AUGGGACUCAACAAAGCUCCCCAAGCAUGCGAGAUAUGCCGCUCGCUCAAGGUCCGCUGUCUGCCUAGCUCACAGCCUGAUACGUGCCUGAAAUGUGCUAGGUCCAAAAAGCCCUGUGUAUUUGUGGAGCGACCCCCUCGGCAACGGCAAGCCAAGCCCAAACAUGGUUCCAAGGCCCGAAUUUGUGCACUGGAGUCAAAAGUCGAUGACCUGAUUGCAUUAGCAAGUCAAUCUCAGCUACCCAAGCAACAAAACUUCCCACAAGGAAUAGCAGAAUCCUCGGAGCUUGAAUUACCCACCUCUUCUUCGUCAUCUUCUCGCGGGGAGCAAGAAUCUACGCGCAACGACCAGAAGACCUAUACGGGCUCAAAUGUCCUGACCGGAUCCUUUGAUGAUUGGUCUGGCCAUUCCAAACUAAAUGAAUCUUUUUGCACCGAACUACUGCGUGAGUGCGGUCUCUCUUUGAAUGCCGCCGAGCGAUAUGUGAGACAAUUCCACACAAUGACAUCUUACUUCCCAUUUGUCGUGCUUCCCAUCGAUGCUACUGUGUCGAUCUUAUGUACAGAGCGACCUUUUGCCCUCGUGGCGGCAUUGACGGCAGCAGCUUCCGAAGAUAGGAAAUUACAGAAGUCACUUGGGGACAAAUUUAGAAUCCACGCUCUCCACGCUAUCAUGAUUGACAAUGAAAGGAGCUUAGAUCUUCUGAACGGGAUCCUUAUCUAUUUGGCCUGGUAUCAGUUCCAUUACGUUCCCAGCAAGGAGCAGUUCAACCAAUUACUACACGUUGCAAUUGCAAUGGUUGGUGACUUGGGCUUGAACCUCAGGCCUGCAGAAGCAAUGAAGAAGGCAGCGCUUCGACUGACCCACUAUCGCAAAUAUCGUAAUCCUACAGCGGAUCACGAUGAGUUUUUCAGUCGUGAGGCCCGUCGAGCAUACUUAGGAUGCUUCUACAUCUCUAGCGUCACCUGCUGGGCUACAAUGAAGACAAACAACCUCCAGUUUCAAAACUAUAUGGUUGAAUGUGCGACCUCAUUGGGUGAGGAACUAGAGCAUCCAACAGACGCAAUUCUUUUACCGCUCAUCCAGCUUCAAAACAUGGCGGAGCUGAAUCAUCAAAGUAUCACGGCUGAUGGUGGCACACCACUUGACUACAUGGGCGGACUCGACCUAGAAACUAAGGUUCGAUUGUUUCAGGAUGAACUUUCAAAAUGGAAGCAAUCACUUCCACUCGCAAGUCAACAACCAAACGUCAAAGAAGUUCUACAUCUUGCAUGCGAGCUUGCAGCAAUGCAUGUCUUCGAGAUGGGUAUCGUCAUGAUGGCUACCGUGAAGAUGAGACAAAUGGCAGGCUACGCAGAGCCAACAAUCUCACCCUCCAAGUCUCAAGUCCAUUUGGAAGUCCUAUUUCUCUGUCUGAAAUCAGCCGGGAACUUUGCUGGGACUCUUCUCACCAUUCCUCCACACGAAUUGACCAACAUAUCUUACAUCCAGUGGUCGGGUCUGAUAUACGCCAUCACUAUCAUUUACAGACUGACUGUCGGCAUUCCUCAUCUUCCUGACUGGGAUGUCAGAGUUGCACGAAAAACCAUUGACCUUGAAGCCAUCUUAAUUGGACAUUCCUGUCGCUUCGGCCAUUAUUCGGUUUGCACCCAAAAAAUACCGGGGGAUGAAUACCUAUUCUCGAUGAUGAGUCCCAUAAUUGAGGACGUUUUGAUGUCAUACGAGAGACUAAGGCAGCUGCCACAGAAGGAUAGUGCAGAUGAUACUCGCCAAGUUCAUGCCACAAGCUAUCUGUCCUCUUCACUUGGAUCCCAGAACAUGUGCCCCAUGCUCUCAUCUCGAGGUCCAAAUCGGUUAACAUGA